GGAUUCCUGCUCUGCGCUGCUGUCUCCUGGACUGUCUGUGCCCUAAUAGCAGGGGCCGGAGAGUGACCGAGAAGCCCCGGGCUUCGGGUAGACGUAGCACGCCCGCCGCCCGGUCCCCUCCUCCGGGGCGUCCUCUGCCGGCUGCGGGGCGGCUGGGCCCGCCCCCUCGGCUGCCCCCCCUCCCAGUCCCCUCUCCCCGCCCGCCCCAUUACAGAUGGCCGCUCCCCCCGGCCUGUGGGUAACGCCGCCGCCGCCGCCGCCGCCGCGGCCCCCGCUCCGGGGCGUGUGACUUGGGAACCCCAGAGAGAGCGAGCGAGAGAGAGAAAGGCCGGAGCCGCCCGCCAGGAACGUGCCGAGCGCCGGAGCCCGCCCGCGUCCCCGGCCUCGACCCUGCCUGUCCCGGCCCCGGCCUCCCAGCCUCAGCCCAGCCCGGGCCCGACGCCUCUGCCUGCGCUCCCUCCCUCCCUCCCUCUUGCUGUCUCCCUGUCUCCCUCCCUCCUGUCUUUGCUCCCUCUCUCCUCCACCCCGGCGGCGGCGGCCGAGACAUCGUGGGGGGGGGGGAAGCGAGCCAGCGAGCAGCCGGCCUGGAGCAGCGCCGGGGCCGGACCGCGCGGCCGGCAGCGCUCUUGGUGUCUGUCUGUCUGUCUCGGGGGGGAUUGGAGGGGUGGGUUUGUGUGUGAGUGAGUGUGUGUGAGCUUGGCCGGGGUGGGGGGAGGCCUUGGAGCCUGGAGGGCAGGGCUGCGGGGCUGUGCUCCGCUGCCGCCGCCCGGGAGAACCAGGGGGCGGGGUUGCUGCUGCUGCUCUUGCCGGCUACCAAGCCUGCUCCGUCUGGGGUGAGUGAGUGAGUGCCCGUCGAGUCUGUCUGUGUGAGUGUGAGUGUGUGUUGUGCGUGCGCGUGUGCAGGGGGUGGGAAGGGUUCGUGGGCUUGCAGUCGUCUCUGCUCGGGGAGGAGAGGCGGCCGGCGGAGAGAGGGUGAAUGGAUCCGCGUGUGGCCUGGAUUCAGCCCGAGCAGAAAGGACCCGCUAAUGCUCUCUGGAUGCAGAUCUGGGAGACCUCGCAGGGAGUGGGGCGGAGCAGCUCUAGCUAUCCACCGUAUUUCUGCCUCAACUCCCCGGCUCUGGACACGACCGCCGCCGCUUCCUCUCCCUGCACCCCUGGCGGUGGGAGCCACAGCUGCACCUCACUUGUCAAAGCUGGCCCUACCGCGACUCUCCCGGCUCCUACCCCAGCCGGCAGCGGCGGCGGCGGCAGCAGCAGCAGUAACUGUGGCAGCAGCAGCGGGAGCGGAAGCCUCUCCUCUGCUUCCCCGCCCCCGCCGCCCACGGCGCUGCCGGUGCUUCUGACCGGACUGGUCCCUGCCUCAGUGGUUGGGAGUACAGACGGCGGGCGGCGGCUGCAAAAGUCUCCCUCCGUGUCCUCGUCGUCGUCCACCUCUUCCAACAACGAGUCUGGCACCGAGAGUCCCGGCUUCUCCUCCUCUUCCUCCUCCUCGUCCUCCAGCAGCGCCUCCUCGGGUCGGACUCUAUCCGGGAGUGGCGGUGGGACCUUACCUGGUCGGGGCGGUGGGGGAGGCCCCGGCGCCUUUUUUAACUUCAAUGAGAACAAACUGAACAAUCUCAAUAGCGUGAAUGGCCAUCACCACCACCAUAACCCGCACAGUGGAGUCAACACCAACCUCCUAGCGCCGCCGCCUCCUCAGCCCCCACCGCAGCCGCAGCAGUCACCGCAGCAGCAGCCCCCGCCGUCUUCUGCCCCCACCUCAUCCAAUUCCAUCCAGCAGCACCAGUACCAUCCCGGCCGCAGGAAACGGGAGAAUAAAGCUAGCACUUAUGGGAUGAACUAUCUGCUGUCUGGAAGCCGGGGGGCCGCGCUGAACAAUAACCACCUUCCCCAGGAGCAGCAGCAGAGACCUGGCACCCCCUGGAAGACUAGGACAUAUAGCCCGGGUAUCCAGGGGCUUCAUGAAGAAAUAAUUGACUUUUAUAACUUCAUGUCUCCUUGUCCCGAAGAAGCAGCUAUGCGAAGAGAAGUAGUUAAAAGAAUAGAAACUGUCAUAAAAGAUCUUUGGCCUACAGCUGAUGUUCAGAUAUUUGGCAGCUUUAGUACAGGGCUUUAUCUUCCAACUAGUGACAUAGACUUAGUAGUUUUUGGAAAAUGGGAGCGUCCUCCUUUACAGCUAUUGGAACAAGCGCUUCGGAAACACAAUGUGGCUGAGCCAUGUUCCAUUAAAGUACUUGACAAAGCUACGGUACCAAUAAUAAAACUCACUGACCAGGAGACAGAAGUAAAAGUUGACAUCAGUUUUAAUAUGGAAACUGGUGUGAAGGCAGCUCGGUUAAUCAAGGAUUAUAUGAAGAAAUACUCAUUGCUGCCUUACUUGAUUUUAGUAUUAAAGCAGUUCCUCUUGCAGAGGGACUUGAAUGAAGUUUUUACAGGUGGAAUUAGCUCUUACAGCCUAAUUUUAAUGGCCAUUAGCUUUCUACAGUUGCAUCCCAGAAUUGAUGCCAGAAGAGCUGAUGAAAACCUUGGAAUGCUUCUAGUAGAAUUUUUUGAACUGUAUGGAAGAAAUUUUAAUUACUUGAAAACUGGUAUUAGAAUAAAAAAUGGAGGUGCCUAUAUCGCCAAAGAAGAAAUCAUGAAAGCCAUGACCAAUGGAUAUAGACCAUCCAUGUUGUGCAUUGAAGAUCCUCUAUUGCCUGGAAAUGAUGUUGGCAGAAGUUCAUAUGGUGCCAUGCAAGUGAAGCAAGUUUUUGACUAUGCCUACAUUGUUCUUAGCCAUGCAGUGUCACCACUAGCAAGAUCAUACCCAAACAGAGAUUCUGAGAGUACACUAGGUAGAAUCAUCAAAGUAACACAGGAAGUGAUUGACUAUAGAGGAUGGAUCAAAGAAAAAUGGGGAAACAAAAUUAAUCUAUCACCUGAACUUGAUAAUAGAAUAAAGAUAAAAGAGCAGAUAACUCCAUGUAGUGGGGAUCAACCUCAAAACAGAGACACAGAAUCACCUUAUAGCCAGCGUUUGACUUUACCUUUGUCUAACACCCAGCCUCUUUCCUCUGGCUCAUCUGCUUCUUCUGUAUCUUCACUUUCUGGUAGUGAUAUUGAUUCUGAUACACCACCUUGCACAACUCCUAAUGUUUACCAAUUUAGUCUGCAAGCACCAUCUCAGCUUAUGGCCAGUUUACCUACAGCAUUGCCAAUGCCAAGUGGUAAACCUCAGUCAGCUCCUACUAGAACGUUAAUAAUGACAACUAAUAACCAGACUAGGUUUACUAUACCUCCACCUACCUUAGGCGUGGCCCCGCUUCCUUGCAGACAAGUUGGUAUUGAAGGGACCCCAUCUUUGAAAACUGUUCAUCACAUGUCCUCUCCUGCUGUUCCUUCUACAUCUCCCAACCCACUCUCAAGCCCCCAUUUGUAUCAUAAGCAGCACAAUGGCAUGAAAUUUUCCAUGAAAGGAACUCAUAAUCAUAACCAAGGCAAUGGUUACAAUCCUGUUGGCAGCAGUGGAAUGCGGCAGCCUGUGGGCAACAGAGGACACCACCAAUAUAACCGUACUGGCUGGAGGAGGAAAAAACACACACACACAAGAGACAGUUUGCCUAUUAGUCUCAGCAGAUAAUGUCUCAUGUCAGAAUUAUCUAUCCCUAAUUUUACAAACUGAAGCUAAGUGACAUUGGACACUAAACUGGGGAACUGAGACCAGCAUUCAGCACAUCAGCGUACGGGUAUUGUGAAUAUCUGCAGCUGAUUAUUUUGCAUGUUUCUUUGUGUGGUGGUCAAAUCCAUCUUAAAGAAAAAGUAGUUGUGCUCAUCUGUGAAGCCUUAUUAAAUGUGGAAGUUGUUUUCUGCCUUCCCAGGGUUAUUCAUUCAGUGCCGAAGCAGCUCUUGAUAAAGAACUGCAAGGACAUUAAAUGCUUUGGCAUUUUUGCUGUAGCUGCAUUUGUUCCUUUGCAGUUUGGGUUUCUUAUUUUUAUUUCUGUCAAAGAAGCAGAGGAGAUUUAAACCCCUGAUGUUUUUUCCUCCAGCAGACACAGUUGGGAGUUUAUAACAGUUUUACUGCCCUCAUGUUUUGUUUCAAAUUUCAGAACUUUUUUGCUCUGUAAAUAUUGAAAACUAUAAUUUGUGCAAUAACUAAGAAUUUUUUAAUUUAAUUUCAUAUUUUCACAUAAGUUAUAUUUAAUGGAAGAGGGAAUUUUUUUUUAAAAAUCCUAUAUCCUUUCCCAAGUUGCAUUUUCUAAGUUGGGUUUAUAGUUUUGGCAGGUUGAAUGUCAUUAGAAACACCACAUGAGGGGUUUUUGUUUUUGUUUUUGUUUUUGUUUUUUUUAGUCUUUUUUGUUUUUGUUUUUGUUUUUCCUUUGGUAAAAUGUGAGGCUUCUUGAUUCAUAAUGAAUGGGCAGAGUUGGCUUAUCGUUUUAUGAAGGAAUUAAGCUCCAAACCGUUUUGACCCUGCUCAUUAGCUCAUUAGUCUGGCCUCUUGUCAGUUGUCUUGCUCUGACCAGUGAGUUUUAAUUGUUGUUGUUUUUUUCUUUUUUUUUAACUAGACAACAAAUCCAGCAAUUAAAGUGCCAGAAGUAUAACUUUCUAGGGGUGAGAAAAGGGUUGUCACAAAAUAAAAUCCCCAAAAAAAUAAAAAAAAUUUGUGAAUUUUGAAAUGCUUCUAGUCAGUUUUAGUAAUGAAACAGAACCUGUAUAAUGAUUUGAGGAUCUGCUGAACAUCAUUACUGAAAAAGAUUUGCCCAGUUUUAGGAAUGUGGAGAAAGGAAUUAUGUUGAUUCCAUUAUGGAAUCUGUAUAGCAGUAUGCAUUUGUUCUGUUAAGAGCAAAUAUAUGAAAAGUACUUCAUCUGCUCAGUGCACUCUAGGAAGUAUCUUUUAAUGUAUUGCAAGAGAACACAGCCCAGGGUUGCACACGGUCUGAGUGGCUGGCACUUAAUUUACAGAUGCAUACAGGUAUACUAUGCAAGUGUAUUCUUCCAUGACAACCACUGUCUUUGUUACCUUUUUUUGAACAAGAAUAUAUACAUCCUGCCUAACCCUGAGUUUUAGAAGCACCACAGUUGUCCUGGGAGUUGGUUGCAUCUCAAAUGCUAUCUGACUUCCCGUUUUUAAAAUGAGGGGUUUUAGCCCUGCUAAACACUAGAGGUGGGUUGUUUUUUGAAGUCCACUAGUGGAGAAUGUUGAGAGGAAAACAUUACCAUGACAUCUAAAUGAUGUAGAGAAGUGGGAAGUUUUAGAAUUGAUAUCUGAAUGUUAAACUAGGCAUCUAGCAUGAUAAAGCUUUAAAAUGUCUGUGGUAUGCCUUUUGAAGCAGGACUAGCCCACAUUGUCAUUGGAAUCUAUAAACUGCAACUGCAGAUUUUUUAGGAGGGCAUUCCAGAAUAGAGUAGCACAUUUUUUCUGCAGUUCUUGAUGAUUGAAACUUAUCAAAAAUAUUUAAAAAUAUUUAAAUUGUGAACCUAUUCAUAAACAGAUAUUUAUAAAGUCUGAUACAUAGGCCUAUACUACUAAUCUUUACACAUUAGCAAUAUUGAGUAUAAACCUACAUUAAGGAAACCACUACACGGACUUUAGUUGGUAUCUUAUGUAGUGUGCAUUUUAAAGCUAGAUUCAUAGAACACAGGUAUCAUGUUCCAUUUCAGUCAUGGUGAACCAAAUGAAUUGGCCUGGCUACCACUGUGGUUAUGUGCUACAGGUUUAAAAAAAGAUAUCAUGUUUAGAUUUUUUUUUUGUGUGGACAACAAUGUGGAAGCUAAAAUUGACAUAUUUUUAUGUAAAGUUUUUCUAUUCUUUGAUUUUUAAUAAACUUUGGAAACCAC